ACAUCUUUCCAUACUGUAUGUAAAUGCUCAUCCAGAACGCACAGAUUAGCUUAGAAUAAAUUAGCUCCCCAGUCCUUCUAGCUAUCACUUCACUUCCAUCCCCUGUCUUAUCUCCUAGAAUAUGAGUGAACUGAUCAAAUUCUUCGAUCGACACAGUAUCGGAUCCUAACCUCUCCUGCCUGUAAAGGUUCUCUUCGAGCCAUGUCUGAGACGCUUUCGGUAUAUAAAGCUUGGUCUGGACAAAUAGUGAGUAAAGAAAAAUCUUCAAUGAUUUUUUCUAAUUAUAUUUCCUCUUCAAGGCGUAGGGAGCUCUUGGGAAUCAUGGGUUUUUCAUGGGGUUCUCUGCCUUUCAAGUAUCUGGGGGUACCUAUCAUUGUUAAUAGAUUAGCGGCUGCUCAUUUUGAGGAUUUGGUUGGGAAGGUCCGGGAGAAAUUUGGAGGUUGGUCAGCUCGAUUGUUGUCUAGUGGAGCAAGAUUACUGCUUAUUCCGCAUGUGCUUAGUGUUGGAGGGGUGGUUAGAAAUGAAUCGAGGAGGAUGAUUUCAACGUUUACAGUUUCCAUUGGACACGGCACAAACAUAGUUGUUGAGUUUUAUCUCUUUUACAUGGUCUUGGAGUUAUUCGGCAAAAAACAUAUUACUAAAGGGGAGAUAAAGAUGGAUUCUCAUGUGAUUAUUAAUUGGAUCAACUCAUCAUCUUGUGGUGUUUGGUAUCUUGAUGAAUUAUGUGAGGAGCUUAUGGUUCUUUUACAGCAAGUUACCUUUAGUUUGCGGCAUAUUUACAGGCAAGGAAAUUCAGCUGCUGAUCUUCGUACUAACUGACUCGAUUUAUCUCAAAUUAGAUGAAUUGGCUAUGUCUUGUAUUGAACGUUUUAGCUGGUUUUUUCCACGUUAUGUGUUAUUGUUUUUUUGUUAUUAGGGUAUUGGUUUUUAUGGUUGUUUGGCAUUCUUUGAUUUAUGUAGUUGUUGAUUUUCUUCAACCUUAAAUGAGGGUUUGAA